AUGGGUACGCUGGCUCUCUGCUGCUUGCUCUUCAUCGGAUCCCUGCAUCCACUCCUCUCUCUUCCGGUCGCUGACUCCAGGGAAGCAUCCCUUCAGCCUCCAGUGACCGAGGAAGAUGCCCGUCUGGCUGUGGAGGAGCUGCAGAGGGCCUCCCUCCUGAGGGCGCUGUGGCAGGCGAUGGGCUCACAGGCAGGCCAGGGUCCCCAGGAAGCAGAUCCUAGAACUGACAUUCCUAACCCAAGGGGAGACUUGAGAAAGGCUUUCUCUGGACAAGUUUCUAACACUGUACUGAGUCAACUUGUGGCCCGAACCAGGAAACAACAUAAACAGCAGGGGACUGCCUCCGAUUGCUUCUGGAAAUACUGCAUCUGA